CCAGCCCGGAUCGCUGCCGGGCUGCCCCGGCUGCGGUGCCAACACCGGCUCGGGUUUCGGCCCCGAACCGCGAUCCCCCAUGGCAGGCUGCGAGGGGAGGGCAGCAGCUCCUGCUGCGGGACACGACCCCAGCCGAGCACGGCCCGCAGGGACAGCGGGAACAGCAGGGACAGCCCGGCCCCGCCGCCAUCUCGGGCUGUGCCCGCCCCGCCCGCCUCCAUUCCCCGGGAUCGGCAUCGGCACCGCCCCGGGAAUUCGGCAGGAGCGGGCAGGGCCGGCAGCGCCGCAGGUGCGAGAGGAAAGAGGAUGGAAGAAAGAAACGCUGCCAAGGAAAGAGUGCUCAUUACGGGAGGAGCAGGUUAUUUUGGCUUCCGUUUAGGUUGUGCCAUAAAUCAAAAGGGAGUCGAUGUCAUCCUCUUUGAUGUCGUGAAGCCACUUCAAACCGUGCCAGAGGGAAUAAAGUUCAUGCAGGGGGAUAUCUGCUGCCUGUCUGAAGUGGAAGAAGCUCUCAGAGAUGUAAUCUGCGUGUUCCAUAUCGCUUCCUAUGGCAUGUCUGGCAGGGAGCAGCUGAACCGAAAACUUAUAGAAGAUGUUAACGUGAAAGGAACAGAAAAUAUCAUCCAGGCCUGCAAGAGCAGGGGAGUGUCGAGCCUGGUUUAUACAAGUACCUACAACGUGAUAUUUGGAGGCCAGGUUAUAGAAAAUGGGGACGAGUCUCUGCCUUACCUGCCUCUGCACCUUCACCCUGAUCACUACUCCCGAACGAAAUCUCUAGCUGAAAUGAAGGUGCUGGAGGCAAAUGGAGCUGAGCUGGGAAAUGGCAGAGGUGUGCUAAGGACCUGUGCUCUCCGCCCAGCAGGGAUCUACGGGCCUGGGGAGCAGAGACACCUCCCGAGAAUAGUCAGCUACAUCGAAAGGGGACUGUUCAAAUUUGUGUAUGGAGACCCUCUGAGCCUGGUAGAGUUUGUACACGUGGACAACCUGGUGCAGGCUCAUGUCCUUGCCUCUGAGGCCCUCAGAGCCAGCAAGCAGCACAUUGCCUCAGGCCAGGCCUAUUUUAUUUCUGAUGGCAGGCCUGUAAAUAACUUUGAGUUUUUCCGACCGCUCGUGGAAGGUUUGGGUUACAAGUUCCCAACCCGGCGCCUUCCCCUCUCCCUGGUCUAUUUUUUUGCAUUCCUUACUGAAAUAGUUCAUUUUGUUGUAGGGCGAGUUUAUAACUUCCAGCCCCUCCUCACUCGCACAGAGGUUUACAAAACUGGUGUCACCCAUUAUUUCAGCAUGGAGAAGGCCAGGAAGGAGCUGGGCUAUGAGCCCCAGCAGUACAGCCUGGAUGAAGUGGUGGAGUGGUUUAGAUCCCAGGGAUGUGGACCAAAGCCAAGGAAUUACACCCUGAUGCACCUGGUUAGGGAUGGAGCACUGCUUUUGGUGCUGAUUGCUGUGCUGGUCUCCUGGUUUCCACCUGCAGCGACAUUUUCACUCUGAAAGAUGAAAUGCUGAGGACAGAAUUUAGUUAUGUUCUCUGCUUACUCUUGGUUUUGACAGACAGGUAAUAAAAGAUUUUAAAAAAAUCAUUUGUGGGAUUGAGGUAAAUAACAGCUUUAUCCCCAAGGAACAGAACUACUGAGUAAAAAGGUGUAAUUUUUUAUAUAUAUUUUCUCUUCAAAGUAAAACUGAUCAGAUCACUAACAAGAUGAAGCACAGUAUUACUGCAACAGCAUUUUAUUCUCAGGCACAAUGGCACAAAACAGAGAAUGGAACAAAUGUCCUUAGGCUGACACUUACUCACUGAUGGGAUUAUACUCCUGAUCCUUGCCCUUUAUUCCUAAAGAGUUUGUGUUACAUGAUCCAGAGGAGAAUAAACUUACUCUUUGAUCACAUUCCAAACCCCACUUCUGCUUCCCAGCUUGGGUGUAUAUAUUCCUAACCAAGAUUAACUGAUAAACUGCUAGACAAUAAACAAUGGGGUUUUUACAUGAAUCCA